CAGGAAAGGGGAGAUAUUGCCUCAAAUACCAAUGGCGUAUAUUAGAGUGAAAGAAGAGAACGUGACAGUAUUGAUAGUGAAGAAGUACCUGGUUACAAAGCUUGAGCUCACGAAUGUUUCUGAGAUUGAUAUUUCAUGCAUGGGACAGCCAUUGUUGCAUUCGCAGACGCUUAAGUAUGUGCGAGAUGUCAUAUGGCGUCCUAGACUGGCUGAAUCUCUAAAUGCAGUUGCAUCCAGGAACACUGCCUCUUUAAAUCAUUUGAUGCCGUUGCAUUAUGGGAAGCACUGUCUGUGCUAGCUCCUUCAAUUCCC